CAUCAAAUGACAAGUCGGGAAAUCGUUUUCAAGCAAAAAAGACUUAUUUAUUAAAGGUUUCCUAUUUUAUUUUCAACAUAGCUGAAACUAAAGUUUUAUAUUUUAGUGUGAAUCAAUAUGCCAGCACAGAGAAAGACGAAAAGUAUUGACAAACGUAUUCACUUAGGUAGAUGGAUAACGGGUCGUCACAAUUUGUAUCCCGGAUUAAAUCUUUCAAAAUUUUUUGAAAGUUCAAUAGAAAGCACACGAGAUGGACCUUUUCCAUAUUUUUUGGACUACCCUCAGCCAUUAAGUGAUGCUUGUAUUCCGUUGACACGAGAGUGGAAGGAUAUCGGGAGCGAUAUUGUCGAGCGAUCUUCAGGAUACUUCAAAGAACUUAAUUUUGUAAAAGAGAAAAUGAUGUGUAACAAAAAGUUGUGUCGUCUGUGGAAUGUUAGACUCAAACAAAGAGGUUUGUCAACAAAUGGAGAUGGCCCAUUCAACAUUUAUCCCGUUGAAUUACUGGAAUAUGCCAAGCUGUUAGAGCUUAAUCCAGAGCCCGAAUUUAUUGGUGGUUAUAAUUGGUAUCUUACAGGAGGCAGUCUGUCUGUAGUUAGAAAUAAUGAUAAAAACUACAUAGUAAGACCAUUUGGAGAAGAAUUAAACCAUUUAGAAAUCAUACCAGUCAAUAAGAAAGGAAAACAUAUGUCAAUUAAUAAAGCAACUAAAAUAGAUCUCAGUAAGGGAGGCCCAAUUCAUGAGGUUUCCACAAAAACUAUUGGAAAAGAUCUUAUUGUGAUGGUACGCUCUAAACGUAACAUUGGCCUGUUGCAACAGUCUUCCGAGACAACUUUAAGUAAUUUCGAAUCGAAAGUGCCUUAUGUAAGUUGUGACCUGACUUCUGAGGAUAGGCAUUUGGCAACGACGAAUACAGAUAAACAGUUUCGAGUUUACGAUCUUAGUACGCAACAAACUCUAAACAAAUUUGAUCUGGAUUAUUUGUCAUCACUUCUUUAUGAUAACUGGUCGUGUGUCAAACGCUUUCAGUCGAAUAGUUAUAUCUACGCCGACCGGCGAAACCUUAGACCACUAGACAUACGAACUAAAGUAAUAGGAUCUUAUCUAAAUGUAGGAGAAUAUGGAGAAAUUUGUGAUCAUAUAAGUUGCAUUGCUCCUAGUCAGCGAUAUGAGCAUCUCAUUUAUGUUGGAUCAUCGCAUCGACUGUUCGCCAUAGAUUUAAGAAACUUUUCCGGAACAAUAAAUGAGCAAAAUAUGACACUUUCAUGGACACAUAUGAUGAAUUUGCCUCCAUGUAUGGUAAAAACAACUGCAAUAGACAAUUCGGAAAUCAUUUUGGCAUCUAGCAAUUUGACUGGAGAUGCAAGGAUAUUUCUCACAGACUUUAACAGCGAGUAUAAAAAUUUGUAUCUUCCAUUAAAGAUACCAAGUAUUAUUGAUUCACUCCAAGUAGCCAAAGACAAUUUCAUAUGUCUCAAUCCUGUAUCAUCAGUUAACCGACGAGUGCGUCUUUGUCAAACUGGUAUGGAUUUUAUGACAAAUAGUAGCGAUAGAACUAUUUCAAUUAUUAGUCAAAAUAGCAUUUGCGACGUAUUUAAACAAAACGUUAUGAGAGAAAAGAUCGACGAUAUAUCUAUUGUGUGUGAAAAAAUGAAGAACUGGGCAGAAAUGGUAGAUGACACAGAAAUUCUACCAGAAACAAAAGAAUUCGGAGCAACAGCAGUAAUAUACAAAAAAGACAUGGUUAGAGUCCUCAAGUCAACACGACUUACAAGACCAAACAAGCUCGAAGAAGAAGUUGAAGCGGCAAAACCCAAGCAACGUCCCCGAUGGCAACAAAGUAUCACAAAACUGUCAAACUACAAAGACGCUCUAGUUGAGAGCAUAAUGGAAGUGUGGGAUCUUCCGAUAGACGAUAAGGAUUUGUUGGAUCUUCCGAAGGAUGAACCUGAACCACUAGAUAUCAAAAUUCAGGCGUGGCUCGCUAAAUCACAAUCCAAGACCGACACUUAUCUCGAAUUCGACGAAAAGUGUCAAGAGCCUGGUAUGGAACUUACUCUUGCAGACUCAAAAGAUUCUAAUGAAAUCCAAACACCAACUCAACAAGAUGCAUGUCCCAUUAAGACCCAAGUGACUCCGGCAAAGACAAAAUCUAAAAAAAAGAAACAUGUAAUGGGAUUCUAAGCUCAAUCAGGUUUCAAAAAUAAACAAUACA